AUGAUGGAUAGCUCGUCCGUGUCGCCGUCCGCCAGUUUCCGGAGCGGAGAGAAACACAGGAGUUCUGGAGACUUCAGCUCGGACUCCAAAAAGCAGAAGACAGAGGAUAAAGAGUCCACAAGAUAUGAAAGUGACGGUGAGAAGAGCGACGAGAACCUGGUGGUGGACGUCUCAAAUGAGGAACCCGGCUCCCCGAGAGGAAGUCCCGCCCACUCUCCGCGGGAAAACGGCAUCGACAAAAGCCGUCUCUUGAAAAAGGACGCUCCCCUCAGCCCUUCGUCCAUCGCCUCCUCGAGCAGCACUCCCUCCUCCAAGUCCAAAGAACUCAAUUUGAAUGAGAAGUCCACGACGCCGGUGUCAAAGUCCAGUAGUCCCAUCUCCCGCACGGACGCUCCCACCCCCAGCAGCACCUCCACCCCCGGCCUCAGGACCUCCUCCGUUAAACCAGCAGGCAUCGAGGCCCUAGCCCCCGGCCUGCGGACCCCUCUGGCGGUCCCCUGUUCCUACCCGGGUCCGUUCGGGAUGGUCCCUCAUCCCGGUAUGAACGGCGAGCUGAGCGGCGCCGCAGCGUACCCCGGUCUCCACAACAUGUCUCCACAGAUGAGCGCGGUGGCUGCGGCGGCUGUGGCUGCAUACGGGCGCACUCAGGUGGUGGGAUUCGAUCCUCAUCACCACAUACGAGUCCCAGGUCUCCCUCCAAACAUUUCAGGAAUCCCGGGAGGAAAACCGGCGUACUCCUUCCACGUGAGCGCUGACGGACAGAUGCAGCCAGUGCCCUUCCCUCCGGACGCCCUGAUUGGCCCUGGCAUCCCGCGUCACGCCCGUCAGAUCAACACGCUGAGCCACGGCGAGGUGGUCUGCGCCGUCACCAUCAGUAACCCCACACGCCACGUCUACACGGGCGGCAAGGGCUGCGUCAAGGUGUGGGACAUCAGCCAUCCGGGGAACAAGACCCCGGUGUCGCAGCUGGACUGUCUGAACAGAGACAACUACAUCCGCUCGUGCCGCCUGCUCCCUGACGGCCGGACCCUCAUCGUUGGGGGAGAGGCCAGUACUCUGUCCAUCUGGGACCUGGCGGCUCCGACUCCGCGCAUCAAGGCCGAGCUGACCUCGUCGGCGCCGGCCUGCUACGCUCUGGCCAUCAGCCCGGACUCCAAAGUCUGCUUCUCCUGCUGCUCCGACGGGAACAUCGCCGUGUGGGACCUGCACAACCAGACGCUGGUCAGGCAGUUCCAGGGCCACACAGACGGAGCGAGCUGCAUCGACAUCUCCAACGACGGCACCAAACUGUGGACAGGAGGUCUGGACAACACCGUGAGGUCCUGGGACCUCAGGGAGGGACGCCAGCUGCAGCAGCACGACUUCACAUCCCAGAUCUUCUCUCUGGGCUACUGUCCCACCGGGGAGUGGCUGGCUGUGGGGAUGGAGAACAGUAAUGUGGAGGUUCUACACGUGACCAAACCAGACAAAUACCAGCUGCACCUGCACGAGAGCUGCGUCCUGUCGCUGAGGUUCGCCCACUGCGGGAAAUGGUUCGUCAGCACCGGAAAAGACAAUCUACUCAACGCCUGGAGAACGCCGUAUGGGGCCAGCAUCUUCCAGUCCAAGGAGUCCUCGUCGGUCCUGAGCUGCGACAUCUCCAUAGACGAUAAAUACAUAGUGACGGGCUCCGGGGACAAGAAAGCCACUGUCUAUGAGGUCAUUUAUUAG